AUGGUAGAAACCACAAUCAACCCGCUCGCCUUCCAGCGAGAGAAGCCCAUAACCCUCAACGAAAUCCUCCGCGGCACCCUCGUCGACGAACUCCACGCCCUCUUCUACCACAUCCACAUCUCCCUCAAUCACCUCUCCGGCCGCUUCGAACUCUUCCAAGCCUCGCACCGCUACUUCGACGACCUCCGCUACCUGCAAGGCACGCUGCACCAGUGCUACCAGGAGCUGCGCAAGGCGCCCCUCGCCGCCUACAAACUGCUUCCGUUCCGUCGGCGCGCCACGGAGCUGCUGAUGCUGCUCCCAAGGCUGGUGUAUCUCUUCCAGUGGUCUGAGAAGACGGUUGUACACCUACGGCCAGUGCAGCUAAGGGCGGAGGUGGAGGAGCCGUUUAUGACGUUCUGGCAUGGCAUGAGGGAUGGGUUCUUGCCGCUGAGGGGCACGCUGGAGGCGGUGACGCAUAUGUAUGUGCUCAUUUGGGAUGAGCUGUCGUUUCAGGAGUGGUAUGAGCUGGAGAAGGUGUGGGAGGCUUGUCACCAGCAAUGUUUGAGACCACUGGAGAGUGGAUUACAAGAACUUGACAACUCAGCUAUGGGCUCGUGA